AUGAGACCUGAGAAAGAGCAGCUUACAGAAACUGAUCAAUCAAUAUCCCAUGAUAUGAAGGCAAAGAGGUCAAAAUGGGCGGGGCAAGCUGCUCGGAUUUAUUCAUCAGGAAGCCUUUAUAUGAAUGUCUCAAUAGAAGGCAAAAGACGAUCCUAUAUGAGUUGCACAACAAUAGCAAUCCGAAGGACACGUGUCCUUGCAGAACGCCUUCGCCUCAGAGGAUUCGCUCAACGGCCGCCUAUGGAGAAAGUUUGCGACAUCGGAUCCUCGUGCACAACGGUCUAG